AUGCAGUUCAGGCGCGUCCCCACUCCCCUCGCCCUCAUACUCGGCAUUCUCCUUGGUCUCCUCAUCGGACGCGAGUUUCCCACUGGUGUUCUGUCGUCUGCAUGGCGUGGUGUCAAUGGCCCCAUAUUCGUCUCGCGCCUCUCUGCUCGAAAACCGGUCACUCUCCCAUCCAUCGACCAGCGUCUACGAGUCCUCGAACUUCUCUCCACGUUGUCCCCUCACCACACCAAAGAAUGUACCCGGGACUCUCAGCCCGUCUACAUCCAGCAAGUGAGAGACCGCUAUAUGUCACUGGUCGGACACAACAAGCCCUCUCAGUCUUCCUGGCUAACUAACUGGGGCUUGGACUUGGGCAGUGAAGAACACCACCAGGUCACCCCAACCAAAGAGCACAAGUACUUCUUCGCCAUCAAUCUUUACAACUCUUUCGAUAUCAUACCCGACUUAUUUGCUACUCUCUUCCGCGUUUCAGCCAUCCUUGGAUAUCACAAUGUUUAUGUCUCUAUAUAUGAGAAUGGCUCCACAGACCAGACCAAGGCUCUCUUGCGCAUAUUUGACGCGCUCACUCGAAGCGUCGGUCUCCGCGUGACCAUUCGUACUUCCACUCGUACCAGAGGUGCUUUCAACCACCGUAUCGAAUACUUGGCCGAAGUACGAAACCAGGCCUUCAACCCCCUUCACGAGCUCCGGGACGCGACAAAUGAAUAUUUCGAUACGAUUAUCUUUAUGAACGAUAUUUUACCUUGCGUUGACGACCUCCUAGAGCUUAUCUGGCAAAGCAGAACAAAUAAUGCAGGUAUCACGUGCGCUGCUGAUUAUAUGUAUCAUGAUGAAAUCGCCUCUCCCGUCUUCUACGAUAACUGGGUUGCUAGGGACAUAAACGGCACUGCUCUUGAAAAUGCUCCAUUUGAAAACAUAUUCCACGACCCUGCUUCUUCGGAACGAUUCCAACAACACUUACCAGUCCAAGUUCAGUCCUGCUGGAACGGUAUAGCCGUACUCGAUCCUGCACCCUUUUACACACCGCCAUACGUCCGUUUCCGAAUGGCGAAACUCAUGGAAGAGGAGUGCUCUGCGUCAGAGUGCAGUCUAAUCUGUAACGACUAUUGGGAGGCUGGCUAUGGGAGGAUUUUGAUGGUUCCUCGAGUAAAACUGGCCUAUGACAAGAAAGUCUUUGACAUAAUCCAUCCCUCUCGCCGGAACUUAACGGCUAUCCGUGGUUACGUCCGACUGGGAGGAUUGCCAGACAACCCACGGACGGAUCCUCAGGAUCGUUCAUGGUUUGGUCCUCAUGACCGUCUCUUCGCCGAAGAAGAAGGUGAAGCGUUGGACUUUGUCCCAGGUCCCGAAUACGUUUGGUGCUGGGGUUGGGACGGCGCCGGUGACAUUGACGGUCCAGACGUCGAUCCUAUAUGGGAAAGAAUGCCAAACAGGUCUAUUGGAAUGGAAGCAGUUCGCAUCAAACACGACAGAAGCAUAUUGUGGGGAUAA